AUGAGCGACCUUGGGGACAAGUAUUUGGCGUUAGCAGCUGUGAUUCUCGCUUAUCUCCUCUGGGAAGGCUAUCAAAAAUUAAAGAGUUGGGCACGGCAACGGGAAUUGGACCGGCGAUGGGGCGGUGGCGGCAACCGCAACCGAGCAGGUCAUCAUCCACGCGGUGCUGAGCUUGAGCAGGGAGCCCGAGGGGGCGGUGGCAACGGAGCAGGUCGAGGGGGCGGUGGCAACGGAGCAGGUCGAGGUGGCGAUGGCAACGGAGCAGGUCGAGGUGGCGAUGGCAACGGAGCAGGUCGAGGUGACGAUGGCAACGGAGAAGGCCGAGGUGGCGAUGGUGACGGAGCAGGUCGAGGUGGCGGUGGCGAUGGCAACGGAGCAGGCCGAGGUGGCGAUGGCAACGGAGCAGGUCGAGGUGGCGGUGGCGAUGGCAACGGAUCAGGUGGCGGUGGCGAUGGCAACGGAGCAGGCGGAGGUGGCGAUGGCAACGGAGCAGGUCGAGGUGGCGGUGGCGAUGGCAACGGAUCAGGUGGCGGUGGCGAUGGCAACGGAGCAGGUGGAGGUGGCGAUGGCAACGGAGCAGGUCAUCAUCCAGACGGGGCUGAUCCUGAGCGGGCAGGCCAAGGUGGCGAUGGCAUUCAAGAAGCUGACUUAGGCCACCAUCAACUUCCCGAUAGAUCCUCAAAUGAAGCUCCAAGAACUGCUCAAAAAGUAAAAGAAAGCGAUGCAGCAGAAGAAUACGAAGUGAGCGGCAAAUUGAAGGCUAAGAGUGGUCUAUACAAUUUGACUGUUGUCCUUCUCAAGCUUUUGGCACGAAAGAAACCAAGUGAUGAUGAGCAGCAGGGCGUAUCUUCUGAGCCUUUGUUGAAUGCUGUUGUUUAA